ACCUGUAAAGAUGUUUAUGUGGUGGUCAGCUGUUUUACUUCUUGGAUGCAUUUUGUUGGGAGCAGAUGGGUGGCCAGCCAAGGAAGGAUACAACUUUAGGCUCUAUCAGCCCCUAGUAAGACUACGCCACAAGCAGGAAAAGAAUCAGGAGGGCUCAAGAAGUAAAGGGUUCAUGGGUCAAGAUGGGCACUUGGGAUCAUGCGAAAACAAGUACUGCGGUUUGGGUAGACACUGUGUUGUGAACGGGGAGAGCGGCCAGGCUGAGUGCGUCUGCAUGGAGCGCUGCAAGCCGCAUUACAAGCCGGUGUGCGGCUCUGACGGAGAGUUCUACGAAAAUCAUUGUGAAGUGCAUCGUGCUGCCUGCCUGAAAAAGGAAAAGGUCACCAUUGUCCACAAUGAAGAUUGCUUUUUUAAAGGCGAUAAAUGCAAACCUACUGAAUACACUAAAGUGAAAAAUAUGUUAUUGGAUCUACAAAGUCGGAGAUAUGUUGCACAAUCAAAAGAUAAAAAUGUUGAUGAGAAAAUGGCUUUAAAAAAGAUUCUCGUAGAUCAAAUGUUUAAUUAUUUUGAUUCAGACAGCAAUGGACUUGUGGACACAAAUGAAUUAUCUCAGGUAAUAAAACGGGAUGAGCUUGGCAAGGAUCUGUCUGACUGCUCUCUGUUCGAUUUGCUGAAAUACGAUGAUUAUAAUAGUGACAAGCACCUAGGUCUGGAAGAAUUCUAUAGAGCUUUUCAGGUAGUUCAGCUAAGUCUGCCAGAAGAUCAAAAACUAAGCACCACUGCAGCAACAGUAGGACAAAGUGCUGUCUUAAGUUGUGCCAUCCAGGGAACUCUGAGACCUCCCAUCAUCUGGAAGAGGAACAACAUCAUUCUGAAUAAUUUGGAUUUGGAAGAUAUCAAUGAUUUUGGAGAUGAUGGCUCCUUGUAUAUUACUAAAGUGACCACAACUCAUAUGGGAAAUUACACCUGCUAUGCCGAUGGCUAUGAUAAGCUCUUUCAAACUCAUAUUCUUCAAGUGAAUGUUCCACCAGUCAUCCGAGUCUAUCCAGAGAGUCAGGCAAGGGAGCCAGGUGUGACAGCUAGUCUUCGGUGCCAUGCUGAAGGUAUUCCUAACCCACAACUUGGCUGGCUGAAGAAUGGAAUUGAUAUCACUCCAAAGUUAUCUAAACAGCUAACCCUUCAAGCAAAUGGCAGUGAGGUUCAUAUUAGCAAUGUGCGCUACGAAGAUACAGGAGCAUAUACCUGUAUUGCAAAGAAUGAAGCAGGGGUGGAUGAAGACAUUUCUUCUCUUUUUGUGGAAGAUUCUGCUCGAAAGACCCUUGCAAAUAUAUUGUGGCGAGAGCAAGGUCUGGGAAUUGGGAACAUGUUUUAUGUUUUUUAUGAAGAUGGAAUCAAAGUAAUACAACCAGUGGAAUGUGAAUUUCAGAGACAUAUUAAGCCUAGUGAAAAACUCCUCGGUUUUCAGGAUGAAGUUUGUCCCAAAGCUGAUGGAGAUCCUGUUCAGCGGUGUGUAUGGGCAACUGCUGUUAAUGUAAAAGACAAGUUCAUUUACGUGACUCAGCCCACACUCAACAGAGUACUUAUCGUUGAUGUACAGUCUCAGAAAGUUGUACAGGCAGUGAGUACAGAUCCUGUCCCAGUGAAACUACACUACGAUAAAUCACAUGAUCAAGUCUGGGUUCUGAGCUGGGGAAACAUGGAAAAGAAUUCACCAACUUUGCAGGUGAUAACACAAGCCAGUGGGAGUGUUUCUCAUCACACAAUCCAUACUCAGCCAGUAGGAAAGCAGUUUGACAGAGUAGAUGACUUUUUCAUUCCUGCUACAACCCUCAUCAUUACCCAUAUAAGGUUUGGAUUUGUUCUGCAUAAGGAUGAGCCUGUGCUCCAGAAAAUUGAUCUUGAAACUAUGUCAUACAUCAAGACAAUUAGUUUAAAAGAUUAUAAUUGCAUUCCUCAGUCACUGGCUUAUACACAUCUUGGAGGAUUUUUUUUUAUCCAUUGUAAGCCUGACACUACUGGGGCUGUCCUACCACAGCUUAUAGUGGAUAGCGUUACUGAUUCUGUGAUUGGAUAUAAUGGCGAUGUAACAGGCACACCACACGUCUCUCCAGAUGGACACUACCUUGUCAGCAUUGAUGACGCAAAGGGUCUUAUGAGGUUCCAGUCCAUUACAAUGAGAGGAGAAAUACAGGAUGCAUUUGACAUUCAUACAAAUUUGCACAUAUCUGAUGUAGCUUUUCAGCCAUCAUUCACUGAAGCUCAUCAAUACAAUGUCUAUUGUAGCUCCAGUACACAAACUGAUGUUCUCUUCGUGGAGCUCUCCUCUGGCAAGGUUAAGAUGGUGAAGAGUCUUAAGGAGCCUGUAAAGGCAGGCGAAUGGCCUUGGAACAGUAAGAACCGUCUUAUAAAAGACAGUGGCCUUUUUGGUCAGUAUCUCAUGACCCCUUCCAAGGAAUCUCUGUUUAUCCUGGAUGGACGCCUCAAUAAGUUAAAUUGCGAAAUCACUGAAGUUGAGAGAGGCAACACAGUAAUUUGGGUUGGGGAAGCAUAAGGAUGUGUGUUGGAUAUUUACUGAAUUAAUAGUUUUACAGUACAUUGCACUUAAAUUAUACCAUUCUUUAAACCUAGACAUUUCAUUUGAAAUUGUUAGAUCCUUCUAUACCUGUUAUUUCUUUGACUUAAACACAAUUUGAGUCAAUUUCCACAUAAAAGUUACUAAAACAACAGCUAUAUGAUGAUGGUACUCCUUAUAAACUAUCAGCCAAGAUUGUAUUGGUUGAGUGGAAUUGCUGAAUAUUGAAAUUGAUGAUAAACAUCAUGCAUUAUCUUAAAGAAAGUAGUAAAAAACAUAAAGCUUCAGGGAAUUUAACACGAUACUUUGAAUUUGUAAAUGGAAGAAUCAUAUGUAAAUAUGAUUCAAAUUUUGAUUUGGUUUGCUUCAGAAACAAAAUAAGAGCUGUUGUACAACCUUUGAUUCCUUAAACAGAAAUAUUAUGUCCUGUUUUGUCCAGUCCACUGUUUAAUCUUUUCGUGCCUUGAAGUGAAAGUCUCACAAGAAAGGUAAAGCAUAGCAAUUGUAUAAUUUAUUCCCAUUGUGUCUACAGGAUUGCUUGUCAUUGGAGAGAAACCUUUAGUAUCAAAUUUCUAGUCUCAAGCUUUGGAACAUACAAAGAGAAAAAAAAAAAAGAAAAAAGGAGAAGUUAUAUUUGCAGUGCACAGUUUUCUGAUCGCUGCAGUUUGUGGAGUUUAUUUUUAUGGUGAGUCUUAGUUGAGAAAGCUGCUUGCAGAGGCUUACUUUUUUUUUUCUUUUUUUGA